UUCUUUUUCUUCGUUUGUUUAUUAAUAUUUCUAUUGUGCAGUGCCAUUAUAAUAUCAAUGACCAAACGUCAUGCCCCCACGCACUCUCUUUCUCUUUCCCUCUCUGCCUUUCUCCCAUUUUCCUUUUCUCUUUGGUCAAUGGGUGGUUUUCCUGCAAUCUCCAAAUCUUUGUUAGUGUACAAGGCUGUUUAGAUACAGGGUAAUCAUGUACUCGGUCCCCUAUUUUUUCUCUUCCUCCUUCUCCACCUCCUCUGCUUCACGUCCUCUGCCUCAUGUCUUGUUCUUGUUCUUGUUCUUGUUUUUGGUCCUGGUUCCAAUUAUGGGAACGAUGGUGAUAGAUGUUAAAGCCACCAACUUUGUUAUUCUUUCUUGCUUCACGUAUCCAGUGAUCAAACCAAAAGCAAGAGGAUCAUCUUCCUCCUCUUCCCUGGUCAUGGUCUUAUCUGCUUUUGUACUGGUCGUUUUACUUUUUCUGAAUUCUUCCCUGGCUGCAGCUGCAGCUGCUUGCAACCAAGAUGAUCAUGAUUCUCUAUUUCCCUUCUUCUCAAACGUAUCAUCAGCUUCUCCUUUGGAUUGGUCUUCUUCCAAGGAUUGCUGCCAGUGGGAAGGAGUUGAGUGUGGUGGAAUUAAUGGUCGAGUUAUUGGUCUUGCGCUACCCUUUAGAGGUCUUAGUGGCAUUCUUUCUCCUUCUCUUGCCAACCUCACUCAUCUCUCUUACCUUAAUCUUUCCCAUAAUCGACUCUCAGGUCCUUUCCCUGCUGGACUUUUCCCUCUCAGUGAUCUUCAGAUUCUCGAUCUCAGUUACAAUCGUCUCUAUGGGGAAUUACCAUCCAAUGACAAUAAUAACACAAACAUGGCUCUCCAAAUAGUGGAUUUGUCUAGCAACCACUUAAAUGGGGCAAUUCCAUCUAACUCAUUUCUGCAGGUGGCUGGGAAUUUGAGUAGAUUCAAUAUCAGCAACAAUAGCUUCACAGGCCAAAUUCCGGCCAACAUCUGCCUUGUUUCUUUUCGCUCUAUGACCAUCCUUGACUUCUCCUACAAUGAUUUCAGUGGCGAUAUUCCAUCUGGCAUAGGUGAAUGUUCGAAUUUGCAGAUUUUCUCUGCAGGUUUCAACAAUUUCUCUGGGAUGAUUCCUGAUGAUAUUUACAAGGCUGUCUUGCUUGAACAACUCUCCUUGCCUCUCAACCGUCUUUCUGGUCCAAUUAGUGAUGCCUUGGUCAACCUCAAUAAGCUCAGGAUUCUUGAUCUCUACUCCAAUCAAUUGAUUGGCCCAAUACCAAGGAAUAUUGGCAAGCUCUCUAACUUGGAACAGUUGCAGCUUCAUAUCAACAAUCUCACAGGUUCAAUACCUCCAUCUCUGACGAACUGUAACAAACUAAUGACAUUAAAUUUGCGGGUCAACUUCUUGGAAGGGGAACUCUCUGCCUUUGAUUUCUCCAACUUCACCCAACUUAGCAUCCUCGAUCUUGGAAACAAUAACUUUACAGGUAAUUUGCCCACAACCCUUUUUUUAUGUAAAUCUCUGAAAGCUGUUAGACUUGCCUAUAACCAGUUAGGGGGACAGAUCUUACCAGAAAUACAAAAUCUGGAAUCUCUUUCUUUCCUGUCAGUUUCUUUCAACAACUUGACCAAUCUUACUGGUGCCAUUCAAAUUAUGAUGGGUUGCAAGAACCUCACAACUCUGAUUCUCUCAGUGAAUUUUUUCAAUGAAAAGUUACCAGAUGAUGAAUACAUAAGAAACUCAAAUGGAUUCCAAAAUCUCCAGGUUCUAGGCCUGGGUGCUUCCCAAUUCUCUGGUCAAGUGCCUACCUGGUUGGCCAAGCUUAAGAACCUUGAGGUGUUGGACCUGUCUGUUAAUCAAAUCACAGGUUCUAUUCCUAGUUGGUUGGGUAGUCUACCAAACCUUUUCUACAUAGAUAUGUCUAGUAACCUCCUCUCGGGAGAAUUACCCAAGGAACUUGCAGGAUUGCCUACACUAGCAUCACAAGGGGCUAAUGAAUUAGUUGACCGCAGUUAUCUACCAUUGCCUGUGUUUGCGCAGCCCAAUAAUGCAACUUAUCAGCAGUACAAUCAACUCUCUAACCUGCCACCAGCUAUUUAUCUGGGAAACAAUAGCCUCAGUGGUGAAAUCCCUGCAGAGCUAGGACAACUUAAGUUUCUUCAUGUGCUGGAUCUCAGAAAUAACAACUUCUCUGGUAACAUUCCAGAUCUAAUAUCAAACCUCACCAAUUUGGAGAAAUUGGAUCUUUCUGACAACCAUCUGUCUGGAGAAAUCCCUGCAUCACUGAAAGGUCUGAAUUUCUUGUCUUCGUUCAGUGUUGCAAAUAACAAUCUUCAAGGACCUAUACCAUCUGGAGGUCAGUUUGAUACUUUCCCUAGUUCCAGCUUUACAGGGAAUCCAGGGCUGUGUGGUCCAAUUCUACAGCGUUCUUGCUCCAAUCCUUCGGGACCUGUCAACCCCCCAGCACUUCAUAAAAGCACAAACAUAAAACUUGUCGUUGGACUGGUACUUGGGGUCUUUUUUGGGACUGGUUUACUUUUUGCCACCCUAGCACUGUGGAUAUUGUCCAAGAGACGGAUCAUUCCAGGAGGGGACUCUGACAACAUGGAGUUGGAUACAAUUUCCAGCAACUCUCAUUCUGGAUUUCCUCCUGGUACUGUCAAGGACACUAGCCUAGUUAUAUUGUUCCCAAACAAUAGUAAUGAGAUCAAAAAUCUAAACAUAUCUGAGCUCUUGAAAGCCACUGACAAUUUCAAUCAAGAAAAUAUUGUUGGCUGUGGGGGUUUUGGCCUGGUCUAUAAAGCAACACUGCCAGACGGGACAAAGGUGGCUGUCAAGAAACUCUCAGGAGAGAUGGGUCUCAUGGAAAAGGAAUUCAAAGCAGAGGUAGAGGCGUUGUCCACUGCUCAACAUGAGAACCUUGUUUCUUUGCAAGGUUAUUGUGUAUAUGAGGGCUUUCGGCUGCUUAUAUAUUCAUAUAUGGAGAAUGGAAGCCUGGAUUACUGGUUGCAUGAGAAGGCUGAUGGUGCAUCCCAACUAGAUUGGCCAACUCGACUGAAGAUUGCAAGGGGAGCAAGUUGCGGUCUGGCUUACAUGCACCAGAUAUGUGAGCCACACAUUAUACAUCGUGACAUCAAAUCCAGUAACAUCCUUCUUGAUGAGCAGUUCAAGGCACAUGUAGCAGAUUUUGGAUUGUCUAGGUUGAUUCUUCCAUAUCAUACUCAUGUGACAACGGAGCUUGUUGGUACACUGGGUUACAUUCCUCCAGAAUAUGGGCAAGCAUGGGUAGCGACAUUGAGGGGAGACGUGUACAGUUUUGGGGUUGUUAUGCUUGAGCUGCUCACUGGGAAGAGACCUGUAGAGGUGUUCAAGCCGAAGAUGUCAAGAGAACUAGUUGGCUGGGUCCAGCAAAUGAGGAGAGAGGGUAAACAAGACGAAGUCUUCGAUCCUCUCCUAAAAGGAAAAGGCUUUGAUGAUGAGAUGCUGCAAGUGCUAGAUGUGGCAUGCAUGUGUGUGAACCAAAACCCAAUCAAGAGGCCAACCAUCCAAGAGGUUGUUGAUUGGCUAAAGAAUGUGGGUUCAGACAGAAAUCAAAAUAAGAGUUAGUGAAAAUGCCCUUCGGUACAUAUUAAGAACAGAUAUAUAUACUUGCACAUAAUAUGGGUGUAUCAGUACAUAUUAAGAACAGAUAUAUAUAUAUAUAUACUUGCACGAAAUAUGGUUUGACUAAUGUAGAUUUUCACAUCAUUUUACAAAAUGUGAAUCAAGGUUCACCCCGUCAUAUUGUUUUACUUGAC